GCAGGGCUUCGACCAAUCCCAUGCUUUGUUUUGGUACCAGCCUCGCUAUCAGGAAGACACUUGUUUCUGAACUUUGACACUUGCCCAACAAGAAGAGAAAUCUCUCGUUGACUCGGUACAUCUGCUUCAUCUCCACCCUGUUGUGUCUGCUCAGUGUUGUAUCUGUCAUGGCGGAGGAAAAUCUGUCCGUGGUGCUGCACGCCCAGGGAGACCUCCGGCUGGAAAAGCGCCCCGUCCCGGAGCCAGGACCCAAUGAGGUUUUGCUCCAGAUGCACUCUGUGGGAAUCUGUGGCUCAGAUGUUCACUACUGGCAGCACGGCCGAAUCGGGGACUUCGUGGUCACUAAACCUAUGGUGCUGGGGCACGAGGCGUCAGGGCGGGUGGUGAAGGUCGGAUCAGCAGUCAAACACCUCAAAGUAGGUGACAGAGUGGCCAUUGAACCCGGCGCACCCCGCGAGAUGGACGAGUUCCUCAAAAAUGGACGAUAUAACUUGUCUCCUACCAUCUUCUUCUGUGCCACGCCCCCCGACGACGGAAAUCUGUGCCAAUACUACAAGCACAGUGCCAACUUCUGUUACAAGUUGCCUGAUAAUGUGACAUUCGAGGAGGGAGCCCUAAUCGAACCUCUGUCUGUGGGGAUCCACGCCUGUCGCAGAGCCGGUGUAACCCUUGGCAGUUCUGUGCUCAUCUGUGGGGCAGGACCUAUUGGGUUGGUCUGUUUGCUUGUGGCCAAGGCGAUGGGGGCCUCGCAGGUCAUCAUCACCGAUCUGUUCCCUGAGCGUCUGACCAUAGCCAAAGAGUUGGGUGCAGACUUCCAGCUGACGGUAAAGAGAGGAGACGGACCCCAGCAGCUGGCCAAGAGCGUACAGGACAAGCUAGGCGCUCAGCCUCACAUUACCAUUGAGUGCUCUGGUGUGGAGAGCAGCAUUCAAACUGCCAUCUAUGCGACACGUUCAGGAGGUGUUGUGGCGCUGGUGGGUCUCGGUCCUGACAAGGUCACUAUUCCCCUGAUCAAUGCUGCCAUAAGAGAAGUGGACAUCAGAGGAAUUUUCCGCUACUGCAACACCUGGCCGAUGGCCAUAUCCAUGUUGGCAGCAGGUAAAGUGAACGUGAAGCCCCUCGUGACCCACCGUUUCCCCCUGGAGCAGGCAGUCCAGGCCUUUGAGACCACGCGUCAGGGUCUCGGGAUAAAAGUCAUGUUAAAGUGUGACCAGAAUGACCAGAAUCCCUAAUCUGACCCCCUGCACUGGAAGAAACCUGACCCGACUCAGCAUGACAAAUAGGGCCCAAUCACAAUAUGGACAUUGACCCUGA